AACCAUAACGCCGAUUCGAAAAAUCCUGAAAGCGGCAACCACCUCGCUGAGUAACUCUGCUUUCUCCUUUCAUUUCACAGUCACUCUCUGUGUCAGAAUGAGUUUAGACUCGUCUCGAUCAGCUAAUUCUAAACGAAGUUUCUCUAAUUCUAUAUCUUCCAACCGCUCCAACGAUAGCACUAAAAAGAACAGCAAAAGAAAGAAGACAAUUACCAACCAGAAAACCCUAGGCGCUGCCUGGGGCUCAAAUUCAAGUUCUCGCGCUUCCUCAAGAAAUUCUGCCUUCUCCGGUUUCGCCAGUUAUAUGACAGAGAAGAAUCGGAAACUACACAACCAAUUUGACGCCGAGGCGUCCGCGUCGUCUUUAAGUGGCUCUACUUCAGCGAAGCCUAUUUUCAGUGGAGUUUCAAUUUUUGUUGAUGGUUUCACAGUUCCUUCCAGCCAGGAACUGCGGAGCUACAUGCUCAAGAAUGGUGGAAGAUUCGAGAAUUAUUUCUCUAGACACCAUGUAACACAUAUUAUAUGCAGUAAUCUGCCUGAUAGUAAAGUUAAGAAUCUCAGAGCCUUCAGUGCAGGUUUGCCAGUAGUGAAACCCACUUGGAUUUUAGAUUCUGUUGCUGCUAAUAGACUUUUGAGCUGGGUACCUUACCAGCUGGACCAACUAGCUAAUAAGCAAUCAAAGCUGUCAGCCUUCUUCACAUUGAAAAGUAGUAAAAUGUCGGAGGAUGCUUUAACAAAUUCCCUACAUCAAGUAGUAUUAGAUGUUGAAGAUUCAUCUAUGAGGGUUGGUCAAACAGAUUCUGAAGAUAGAAACUUAUCCAAAGUUGGUGAAAUGAGUGAACAUAUUGGACAAAUCAAUACCGCAUUUGAUGAUAUUGAGAAUAGUAAUGCAAUUACGACGGAAGAGCCAACUAGUGUUAGAGUUAAGUUUGACGAAGAGCAAGCAGCUAGAAGCAAUGCUGAUAGGAAAGAUGAGAGCAAUGUCAAAAGUGAACUUGGACCCACUCGUCAAGCACCUUCUACAUCAUUUAGUUCUCACUGCUCAGAUGAGCAGAAUGCACGAGAAUUUCCAAGUUCUUCAGGCACUAAGCCUUUUAAACAGUGUCAUUCAACUUUUGCAGACCCUAAUUUCGUGGAAAAUUAUUUUAAGAGCUCACGACUACACUUUAUAGGAACUUGGCGAAAUCGGUAUCGAAAGCGUUUUUCUGCCUUGUCUUCUGGGUUUAAGAAUGAAAAUUCUAAUAUUAGUGCCUCUAAUACUUCUCCUAAUUCAGUUAUUAUCCAUGUUGACAUGGACUGUUUUUUUGUUUCAGUUGUUAUCCGGAACCACCCUGAAUUGUUGGAUCAGCCUGUAGCUGUAUGUCAUUCAAAUAAUUCAAAUGGAACUGCUGAGAUUUCUUCUGCUAACUACCCAGCUCGUAGUCAUGGUAUUAGGGCAGGUAUGUUUGUUCGAGAUGCCAAGGCUCUUUGUCCCCAACUUGUUAUCUUUCCUUACAACUUUGAAGCUUAUGAGGAAGUAGCUGAUCAAUUUUAUAGUAUAUUGCAUCAGCAUUGCAACAAAGUGCAGGCUGUAAGCUGUGAUGAAGCAUUUUUAGAUGUCACAGAUUCAGAGGUUGAAGAUCCCAAACUUUUAGCUUCGUCUAUUAGAGAAGAGAUCUAUAAGACCACCGGAUGCACAGCUAGUGCUGGUAUAGCUGGAAAUAUGCUUAUGGCUCGUAUUGCUACUAGAACUGCAAAACCAAAUGGUCAAUAUCACAUAACUACAGAAAAGGUUGAAGAUCAUUUAUGCCAACUCCCAAUUAAUUCACUUCCAGGAAUAGGGCAUGUUUUGCAGGAGAAAUUGAAGAAACAAAAUAUUUACACUUGUGGACAAAUGCGAAUUAUUUCCAAGGCCUCACUGCAGAGGGACUAUGGUAUAAAAACAGGAGAAAUGCUGUGGAAUUAUAGCAGAGGAAUUGAUAACCGGUUAGUUGGGAACUUUCAGGAAUGCAAGACGGUUGGUGCUGAUGUAAAUUGGGGAGUGAGAUUCAAAGAUAUAAAAGAUUGUGAACACUUUCUAAUAAGUCUUUGCAAGGAGGUCUCAUUACGAUUGCAGUGUUGUGAAGUGCAGGGGCGCACUUUCACUCUGAAGAUAAAAAAGAGAAGGAAAGGCGCUGGUGAACCUGCAAAGUUUAUGGGCUGUGGGGACUGUGAAAAUCUGAGUCACUCUGUAACGGUUCCUCUUGCUACUGAUAACGUGGAAAUACUCCAAAGAAUUGUAAAGCAGCUGUUUGGAUGUUUUAACAUAGAUGUCAAGGAGAUUCGAGGUAUUGGCUUGCAAGUUUCCAGACUUGAAAGUGCAGAAGCUUCUAAACGAGGUACAACAAAAUAUACUUUGAAAUCAUGGCUCACUUCUGCAUCUGCUGGUGUUGGAAAUCAGACAUAUCCUAUAGGUAAUGACAAGCACAGCAGGGAUAACACUUCCAGUCCUGCGUUUGUAAAUCUGCUAGAGUCUUCAGUGGAAAUGGACAAUAAAAUACCAGCCAAUGAGGCUAGUAUUUACCCAAUUUCAACACCUCCCCCCUUAUGUAACCUUGACAUUGAAGUUAUAAGGAAUCUUCCCCCGGAUGUAUUUUCAGAAUUAAAUGAAAUUUAUAGAGGGAAGUUAGUUGAUUAUAUUGCUAACUGGAAAAACACAAGUGAGAGCUCUAGCCUUUCAGGAAACUCAUUUUUUGAGCAAAAAGCAAUAAACAAUGAAGAGGAACUUUCCUAUUCUGAACCGCUUCCUCAAGGCAAUUUAUCAUCAAAAAACAAGGCAAAGCAGUAUGUGUCGAGCACUAGUGAAGGCGAAACUAUACCAUAUUCAGUCCGUGGACCCAAUUUCAAGUUUACACACCAUUCUAGUUUUGAAAACAAUGAUUUAUUUCCUUCUUCUUUGAGUCAAGUUGAUGGUUCAGUGUUUCAACAAUUGCCUGAGGAUUUUAAAGCUGACAUUGUUGAGCAGCUUCCUGCACACAGGAAGCCAGAUAUUUGCUCCAAUGUUGGGAUCCCUCCUCUUGAAAAUCAUUCGUUGUCAGUAGGCGUUGAAAUUUCUGAUAAUUCUCCUAUAUGUAUUUAUAAUAAUGACAGUCUAUGGGUUGGAAAUCCUCCAAAUUGGGUUGGGAAGUUCGAAGGUAGCAGUUGCUUAAUUUUAAAGAAACUUGCAGAAAUGUAUUUAAGAUCAGGAUUGGCAAACACAUUGUCUUCAGUUUUGCACCAAAUUAUAUCUGAAUUCUAUGAGCUAAAUCUGGCCCAGCAGUUUUCUGAUGAAACUGUUGACGUUAUGUGUGAGCUACUGAGGCAGUAUAUCAAAGUGAAGAUUGAACGAGAUAUUGAAGAGAUUUAUAUAUGUUUCCGACUUCUGAAAAGGUUUGCGGCCAAGUCCCAAUUUUUCCUACAAGUAUAUGAUAGUGUAUAUCCUUACCUUCAGGCUGCUGUUGAUGACAAUUAUGGAGGGACUUUACUUUUACCAUCAUAGUAGCAACUUAUUUACCUUGCUACGGUAAACUUGAGAAAAAAUGGUAUAUCUGUAUAAGCCUAUGAGGUCAGAUCCAAUUCAAAAGCUGUUAUUCACGGCUGAUGUGCUGCAGAGUAUGUCCGACUUUAAUGUGAUACCUGAACAUUUUCUUCCGCUCUCCUUUCCUCCACUUCCCAACUCUUACAAUAGCAGAAUUGAGGUUUUUCUUGUGACUGGACAACACUUUCAAAACUGUUGAAUCAGAAAUUAUUGUUGCAGUGGCAGCUGGGAAGGGUAGAUUUAGUCAUUUUGGAGAACCGUCUUAUAAAAUCAAUACAGAAGCUGCUGGUAUAAUUUGCUACUAUAAAAAAGAGGGUGUCACGCUGAAAUUGAAGACUGUAUCUCAGUCUCCUUAAAAAGGCACUUUCUGCAAGUAAAGGCAUAUGGGUGAUUGGGUACCAUACUUUUUGCUGUUACACGUAACUUGAAGGCAACCACUGGGUAAAAACACCAAAUCCCAGACUCCUCUCGGAAGAGUAGUUUUCUUGCCACCGAUCUUUCGGAUUGGACUGAGAUGGAAGGAAGAGUCUCGAGGGUGAAAAGGAAAAGGUUGGAAGCAGCGUGAAGCGGAGAAGUUUGAUCCAACCCAAUUCAUUCUUCUAAGAGCGGCUGUUUAACUGUUGGUAGUAAAAUAUACGAAUUUGCUUAUUAGUUUUUUGCUUGAAAGAAUUGUUUAUGUGAAGCUGAUUGAGAGAUUGUUGACUUUUGAAA